GUGAAAAGAACCGCCGAGAGGGAUAAGCUACCUGCCUUAGGAGGUACUGACCUCAGGUACCUCCCUGUCUGCGGCACAUGUGAAUAAUGCCCUCCAUAUGAGUAUGUGUAGAUACCUCCCACAGCCAACUUGGGCCUUUUCUUUGUCCCUUCCAGCCCUCCCGUUUUCCCGUCGCCUGCGGACGCCUCCCUCCCUCUCCCUCUCCCUCUCUCUCUCUCUCUCUCUCUUUCACACACACAGAAUGGCCUUGACGGGUGGAGCGAGUGGCAGGUAUGUGGCCAGGCACAAGGGAGACAUGUCGAGCAGGGAUCCCCGAGGUCCUGAUUCCGCCCUUCUGCCCCAUGCGCAUGGGAAGUGGAGCGAACCAUGGGCGGGCACAGCGAUGGAUGGAGGGAUGGGCCAUGGGGCCGCCGGGGUCCAAGUACUACGUAGUACAGCAUGCACGCAGCUGGCCAAUGGCGCCGCCCACGGGUACCUAGGGGGUACAUGCCGCAGGUGCAGGCACUGAGUUGUACCCGCCCACCGGCUAGAGGACGCGCCGUACGUUAGGUACCUCGGUACUUAGGCUAGGUACCUUAGGUGCGCAGCCGAUGGUCUUCGAUAAAGCGACGUAGUCGGCUUUACCUGGCCAGAUGGGGGGCGGGUAUAUCGCAUGUGGCACGUCUGUGGAUGUGCGAGUAUGGUGGGAGGAUGGAUGCAUCGUGUGUGUGCGUGUAUGUUGUCCAUACACACAUACAUGGCGUCGACGCAGUGCGUGUGUAUACCUAAUGGCGA